AUGGCUGCUAAGGUCAAACUCAUUUUGGAGGUACUCGAUACUGUCAAGGCAGGAGGGGUCAAAAGCAUUGAUACGGCCAGAACAUAUGGAAACUCGGAAGAACUGCUGGGUCAGGUAUCGGCUGGCUCCCGUUUUGCAAUUGACACAAAGGUGCCCGGGGGGUUCCGCCCAGAACUAUCUACCAAAGAGCUCUUGAUCAGCACCACAGAAACGAGCUUGAAUGCUCUGAAUACAGACCAGGUUGACAUACUCUAUAUCCAUGCACCCGAUCGUCGAAUCUCCCUUGAAGAUCAGCUGGAGACUUUUAAUCAGCUCCACCAAGCUGGAAAGUUCAAACGAUUUGGGCUCUCAAACUUUCUGGCUGAUGAGGUUGAAGAAGUUGUGCGCAUUUGCCGCGAGAAGAACUAUAUUUUACCAAGCGUUUACCAGGGGAACUAUUCUCCCGUCGCGCGUCGAGCAGACACCGAUAUACUGCCCACACUCCGGAAACAUGACAUUUCUUUCUACGCCUACUCCCCGAUUGCCGGGGGGUUCCUGACAAAAGAUGUCGAAACUUUGGUCAAAGGUGGUGAUGGCCGGUGGGAUCAAAGUACCUUCCUUGGUGAACUUUACAAUGCCCUUUACAACAAGCCUAGUAUGCUGGAAGGCCUCAAGUUGUGGGAGAAAAUUUCUAAAGACUCUGGAAUCGCCAAGGCUGAACUCGUGUACCGGUGGGUGGCUUACAACUCACAUCUCAAAGGCGAAUUCGGGGAUGGUCUGAUCUUUGGUGCCCGCACCCUAGAACAAGUUAACCAAACCCUUGCUGGUCUGGAGAAAGGAGCACUCCCUUCCCAUAUAGCGGAGCAGAUUGAAAUCGUGUGGAAGAUCGUCUUGCCUGAUGCUCCCCUGGACAACUUCAAUUCCUACCUGGAGAAGCGUAACGAGCAGACUACAUGA